AUGGGUUUCAUCACUGAGACAAAUAGUGAUGAAUACAAGGCCACAAACUUUUCGAAAGCAUUGACCAUACCUAUCAUUGGAGAUGGCUACCCAGCCCUUGCUGGUGGAGCCCAUGAGUCUUGCAGCAAAUUCUCACAAUAUUUGGAGAAGAACAAUUACGAACUCACUACCGAUAUCACAAACGGACCAUACCAGUACGCAUUCGGGACGGAGCUCGAUAUGUUUCGGUAUCUGGAUACUCAUCCGCCUUUGGGACAGCAAUUCAAUAACCACAUGGGUGGCUAUCGGCAGGGUCGACCAAGUUGGAUGGAUAGCAACUUUUACCCAGUUCAAGAGCAGCUCAUCCAUGGCAUGGACACCUCCAAAGACGCUGUACUAUUGGUAGAUAUCGGUGGAGGCUACGGUCAUGAUGUCCAAGAGUUCAGAAACAAGUAUCCUCAAGUCCCUGGUAGGCUUGUGCUACAGGAUCGCCCGUCCGUUAUCGAAGGAAUUGAGCAACUGGAUCCCAUCAUCGAACGUAUGGAGUACGAUUUCUACCUCGAGCAGCCAUUAAAAGCGGCUCGAGCAUACUAUAUGCACUCCGUGUUGCACGACUGGCCCGACGAUGUGUGCAGGAGCAUUCUGAAGCAGGUCGCCGGCGCCAUGAAGCCAGGUUACAGCAAACUGCUGAUCAACGAAAACGUCAUUCCAGACACGGGUGCAGACUGGCAGGCCACCGCCUUGGAUAUGAUGAUGAUCACACUCUUUUCUUCAAAAGAGCGGACGUAUACCCAGUGGAGCCAGCUGUUGGAGUCACCCGAGAUUGGUCUUAAGAUUGUGCGUGUUUACAGUGUCAAACAUUCGCAGGAGAGUCUGAUUGAGUGCGAACUGGCGUGA